UUCCUGAACAUCCUGAGUCUGAAUUCCAGUUCUAGAUCGUUCCGAGGGAACUGCCCUUGCUGCAGUGCACAGACCUCUCCUAAGAGGAGAGCUUUCCCAGAGGCGCCACUGCCCUCAGAUCAAGGUCACCACUGCUGAGCUUCUACAUACAGAGCUAUGGCUUGGGCCUCCAGCAUUAAAGCAUUCUUUAAUAAUUUUAAAAGGGAAAGCCAAAUCCUCUCUGAGGAAGCCAUCACCUCAAUUAAAUCCCACAUCGAGAGCAAUAACCUCCAGGAAGCACUUUCUGUAAUCAACAAUGCACUGAAAGACAUCGAGAAUGCCCCCCUGAACAUUGCUGUGACAGGGGAGACAGGGACAGGGAAGUCCACGUUCAUCAAUGCCAUGAGAGGGGUGGGGCAGGAAGACGAAGGUGCAGCUGCCACUGGGGUGACAGAGACAACCAUGAAGAGAACUCCAUACCCACACCCAAAGCUUCCCCAGGUGACACUAUGGGAUCUGCCUGGCAUUGGAUCUACUUCCUUCACACCAGAAAACUACCUAAAAGAAAUGAAUUUUCGUGAGUAUGACUUCUUCAUUAUCAUCUCAGCUUCACGCUUCAAAGAAAAUGAUGGCCAGCUAGCCAAAGCCAUCGCUAAGACAAAGAUGAAUUUCUACUUUGUUCGAACCAAGAUAGAUAGUGAAUUAUAUAGUGAAAAGAAAAGUAAACCCAAGAGUUUCAAUUCGGAGAAUGUCCUAAUGAAAAUCCGGGAAGACUGUUCACAGCAACUCAAGGAGGUUUUCUCAGGUGAGCCUCAAAUCUUCUUAGUCUCUAACUUUGAAACGUCUAAGCAUGACUUCCCAAAACUGGAAAGCCAGCUCCUAUGUGAUCUCCCAGCCCACAAGCGUCAAGUCUUCACAGUGUCCUUGAGAAGUGUUACUGAGGACACCAUUAACCUCAAGAGAGAUUUCCUGAAGCAGAAAGUCUUCCUAGAGGCUCUGAAGGAUGGAGCAUUGGCCGCCAUUCCAUUUGUUGGUGUGAUUAGGGAUGAGUUAGAGGAUCUAGAUGAAACAUUCAAUCUCUUUAGGUCUUACUUUGGACUGGAUGAUGCCUCAUUGGAAAAGAUUGCUGAUGAUUUUAACAUAUCUGUGAAUAAAAUGAAGGCACACCUUCGGUUUCCCCAUUUGUUUGCAGAAAAUGAUGAUGUGUCCUUCGGAACAAAACUACGGAAUUAUAUUGAACGUGUUUCCUUAGCUAUUGGUGGACCAGAUGUUGCUCUUUAUUACUUCAAGAAGUCUUACUAUCUGCAGAAUCUCUUUAUUGAUACUGCAGCAAAUGAUGCCAUAGCUCUUCUUAAUAAGGAAGAUCUUUUUGAAAAGAAGGUGGAACCAUAUAUAUCUAAGCCCCCAAAAUUCUGGGAAUGAUGGGAAAAUGAGGCACAAGGUCCAAUCAGUGUUUACUUUUGGCCGCAGUUUGGACACUGACACAUGACCUUACCAAAAUAAAAAAAAACCUUGCCUGUAGAGUGCCAGAAUGUUCAUCCUUUUUCUCUUAGGGAACCAGAAGAUCACUGUUGUAAGUAUUUAAUUAUGCUGGAGUAGUAGAAAAAGAAGAGUCAACAAUAUUGCACAAAUGUAUGAGGAAACCUUGUUUCCAUAGUAUGUAAAGCACACAUGAAAAUAUUGACUUGAUUUGUGAUGUUAGGGUCUAGUGACUCCUGGAUCCUUUACCCCUGUGAAAGUCUCCACACAGGUCUGCAUUCUCAGAGCCGGGUCUGCUUUGUCACUGUUUGAGGGCAUCUGGUGCCCAACACUGUGUAGACAAACUCACCUCCUUAAGAGGUGUGAGCCCCACACAAGAUGAGCAAAACAGGCAGGGACCUGGACCGUUAAUAAAGCUCCAUCCAGGAGCAGCCUGGCUAAGAAAAAAAUAGAUGAAUUAACAUGAUCCUCAUGGCCCAUGGAAAUAAUGACUUCUAUUUCAUAUCAAUCAUUGGCCAAUAUGAGCGUACUAGAAAUUCUUACUAUGUGAUUGAAAACUAAAACAUGGAUUAUAGAUUGUCUCUCCAAAAAUCAAAAUAAAA